ACGAGGUCUGGUCGUAUGGAAGGAAGGAAGAGCGGGUCAAAGAGUCAAAGGGUCAAUGCUCACCAUCAGCUUGCAACUUGCAAGCAAGAGGAGAGGAUGAGGACUGAGGAGGAAGAAGAAAGGAAGCAAAGCAGCAGCUGCCGCGACCUCACCCUCUCCUCCCAGUGGGUGAGAGUGACCCAGGCACUGAGCUACCGUGGCCGCGAGCAGGUGCAGGUGCAGGGAAGCAUCACGCACGCCCAAAAUGAGCACCCGCACGCGGUCAAGGAAGCCUCCCCUCGCCCCUCCUUCCCGACGACGACGACAGCCCCACCCGUGUGCGUGUGCGUGUGCCGUCUAUAUAAUCUUCACCCCAUCCAUCCUCAACGGACACCAUCCACUCAUCCAUCAUCCCACCUCUCCUCGCCUUCCUUCCACCACCAAGCAAACCAAAACCAAGGAAGCCAAGCAACCAUGUGCCCGGGCCUCCGCAACGCCAUGGCCACCCACGACCAUCCCCAGCCCUCAUCCUACCUGCUCGACCUGGCCGCCGCCGACGACCUGCCCGCCUUCCGCCGGGCCGUCCAGGACGACAACCUCUCCCUCGUCGCCGCAUCCCCGUGGUACGGCCCUUCGCCCAAGACAGCCAAGACCAGGACCACCCACCAUCUGGCGCUCCACCUCCGCACCCCCGCCAUGGUCGCCGCGCUCUACGGCAGCACCGCCGUCCUCUCCUACGUCCUCUCCAUCGCCCCCUCCGAGGCCGCCCGCGCCUCCGCCUCCGACGGCGCCACCCCGCUCCUCCUCGCCCACGCCGGCCGCGCACCCUCCGCGCCCCACGCCGCCCGCCUCCUCCUCACCGCCGGAGCGUCCGCCGACUCCCUCCUCGCUCUCGACCACCGCCAUCAAACCACCAGACUCCCCGCCAGCCCCACCAAGAAACAACAACAUCCCGAUUCCUCCUCGCCGCCGGAGGCCACCACCAGGAAGACCACCACCAACAAGGACUAUUCGGACUUGGCCCAGACGGAGGACAUCAACGCGGGCGUCUUCGCCACCGACGACUUCCGCAUGUACAGCUUCAAGGUCAACCCGUGCUCCCGCGCCUACACGCACGACUGGACCGAGUGCCCCUUCGCCCACCCGGGCGAGAACGCGCGCCGCCGCGACCCGCGCCGCGUGCCCUACUCCUGCGUCCCCUGCCCGGACUUCCGCCGCGACCCGCAGGCAUGCCGCAAGGGCGACGCCUGCGAGUACGCGCACGGCGUCUUCGAGUCAUGGCUCCACCCGGCGCAGUACCGCACCAGGCUCUGCAAGGACGAGGUCGGAUGCCCCCGCCGCAUCUGCUUCUUCGCGCACGGCGCCCGCCAGCUCCGGGCCGUCAACCCCUCCGCCGCCUCCAUGGCAUCGCCGUCCCCGAGCUCCUCCUCUUCGCCGCCGCCGCGCUCCUUCUCUACAACUACAAGGCCGGCGCUCACGGCGUCGCUCAGCUCGCGGGAGCUCGACUUCGACGCCGACAGCCAGUACGCGCGCAGGAUGAUGAUGGCCAGGGCCAACUCCCCGCCGGACUACUCGCCCGACCUCGUCGCCGCCUACGUCCAGGCGCUCUCCUCCCUGCAGCACCACCAGCUUCAGCAGCAGCAGCAGCAACAACAGAGCAGCGCGCGCGGCAGCACAACCAAGCCGCCCAUGGGAGGAGGGCUGAGCGCCCGCGCCGCGGCCUUCACCAACCGGAGCCAGACCUUCGUGCACCGCUCUCCGGCAUCUCAGGCGCGGUCGUUCGCGUCCCCGGCGGCGGCGUCGUCCAUGCUGGCGGACUGGGGGUCGCCGGACGGGAAGCUGGACUGGGGCGUGCAGGGCGCGGAGCUGCGCAGGUCCACGUCUUUCGGGGUCAGAAGCAGCAACAGCAGCAGGGGGCAGGAGGACAUGUACUCGUCGUGGCUGAACGACGGCGGCAGCGACAUGCUGGCGGCGCGGUGGUCGGACCUGGAGCAGAUGGUCGCCUAGUUAAUUUCAGUUUUUGUAGCUGAAGAAUGAAGUAAGAAAAACUCCUAGUGCCACGGUAGCCUCUACUCCACUCCAGUAUACUACUCAAGGAGAAACAAGAUAUGAAAGAUAUGUAAUCCUUCUUUAUUUCUUUUCAAACUUUGUUCUUCUCCAACAGUGAUAAAAAGAAAAUUUCACAUCUAA